AUGACCCGUGUCGUCUGGUGGCUUCUAUAUCCUGGAGGCCCCAUUGAUCACAAAGUACAGCACAGUUUCCAGGAGCUGUCCACCUACCAGCUUGGAGACAUGCAGAGGGUGGAGGGACCUGAAGAACUGGUGGAUGUGAAACCGGAGGUCGGAGAAGAGACGUUUGUGAGCGGAGAUCUUCAGCCUGUGGAGAAAGCUGGGGUGAUGGCCACAGCUGAGGAGAAAUCUUCUCAAGGGGUCGAAACAGAUGGGCGGAUUCUCCACAAUCGCUCGGCGGGACUCUUCUCUCCAGGUGAUAAAGCAGAAGACGAGGACAUCGCCCAAUCUUCUCCGGGAGAGAACCCCGGCAGUCACAAUUCAUGUGGCACGUUUCCUUGUUUGGAUGGAUCGAUGGAUCCCUCUGAGGAAUCUGCGGAGAAGUCACAGCCAAGAUCUUACAGUGGAGAUAAAAUGGCGGAGAGCUCCGCCACCAAAGGAUUUCUUACUGUCACACACAGAGGAGAUGAGAUACCUCCAAGUUCUGAAAACAAUAAAUGUCAUCAGGGGGUGGACACAGUGGAGAGUCUACUUCCUCAUACGGAUGCUGGGAAACCUGAAGGCAAUGGAUACAUUAUACCCCAGAGAAGUCACACUGGUGAGGACAUUUUUUCCUGCCCGGAGUGUGGGAAAAGUUUCGCUCAGAAAGAACACCUUCUCUCACACCAGGAAACCCACGUAGACAAGCGUCCCUUUUCAUGUUCACAAUGUGAACAAAGUUUUUUGCAUAUAAAAAGCCUCAAGGCCCAUUUCAAAGUGCACUCUGGCGAAACGUUUUCCUGUCCUGACUGCGGGAAAUGUUUCACACAGAAAGGUCAACUUGUUAAUCACCACAGAAGUCACACAGGAGAGCGCCCUUUCGCCUGUUUAGAGUGCGGGAAAAGUUUUGCACAGAAACAUCACCUAUUGGGUCACCAGAAAUUUCACGCCAAAGUGUGUCGUUUCUCCUGUUCGGAGUGUGGGAAAAGCUUCAUGAGGAAAUCAGACUUUCUUAGACACAGGAACAGACACACAGAAGAGCGUCCGUUUUCUUGUCCUGACUGCAAGAAAUGUUUCAAAGAUAAAUAUGAACUUACUAAGCAUAGUGUAAUUCACAAGGGUGAACGUGCUUUCUCAUGUUCAGAGUGCGGGAAAAGUUUCAUUCGGAAAGGAGACCUCCUUAAACACCAGACAGUUCAUAUGGGCAUGCGUCCUUUUUCAUGUUCGGAGUGCGAGAAAUCUUAUUUCCGCAAACAAAACCUCCUGAUACACCAGAAAAUUCACACAGGUGAGCGGCCUCAUUCCUGUCCUGAUUGUGGGGAAUGUUUCACAUGGAAAAAAGACCUUAUUAAACACCAGACGGUUCACACGGGUAAGCAUCCUUUCUCUUGUUCAGAAUGUGGAAAAAAUUUCUUCCGCAAAGGUCAUUUUGUUAGGCACCAGAGAAUCCAUACAAGUGAGCUUUCAUGUUCAGAGUGCGGAAAAUGUUUCUCUCAGAAAACAGCUCUUUUCGAACACCAGAGAAUCCACACAGGUGAGCUUCCUUUCUUUUGCUCAGAAUGUGGAAAAAGCUUCAUGAGGAAAGCAGUCUUCGUUAAACACAGGAACAAACACACAGAAGAGCGUCCGUUUUCUUGUCCUGACUGCAAGAAAUGUUUCAAAGAUAAAUACGACCUUGCUAGGCACCGUCUAAUUCACAAGGGUGAACGUGCUUUCUCAUGUUCGGAGUGCGGGAGAAGUUUCACUCGGAAAGCAGAUCUUUUCAGACACCAGAGAAUUCACACAGGUGAACGUCCUUUUUCCUGUUCAGAGUGCGGGAAAUGUUACAUUCAGAAAGCAGAUCUCCUCAAGCAUCAGAGAACUCACAUGGAUGAGCGUCCUUUUCCAUGUUCAGAGUGCGGGAAAUGUUUCAGCAAGAAAAAGGUGCUUCUUAUACACCAGAGAAUACACACCGGUGAGAGACCUUUCUCAUGCUCAGAGUGUGGGAAAUGUUUCAUUGAGAAAGGCAAACUACAUAUACACCAGAGAACCCACACAGGUGAGCGUCCUUAUUCCUGUUCAGAGUGCGGGAAAUCUUUCAGUGAGAAAAGAACACUUCUUACACAUCAGAGAAGUCACACGGGCGAGCGUCCAUAUUCAUGUCUCGAGUGCGGAAAAAGUUUCAUUCAGACGGCAGACCUUCGGAAACAUGAGAGAAUUCACACGGGGGAGCGUCCCUAUACCUGUUCAGAGUGCGGGAAAACUUUCAUGCACAAAGGAGACCUUGUUAAACACCAGAGAAUUCACACGGGUGAGCGUCCUUUUUCAUGUACAGUGUGUGGGAAAAGUUUCAAUUUGAAAAAUUCACUUAUCAAACACCAGAGGACCCACACGGGCGAGCGCCCUUAUUCAUGUACAGAGUGCGGAAAAAGUUUCACUGAGAUUAGCGUACUGCGUACACAUCAAAGGAUUCACGUGGGCGAGCGUUCCUAUGCGUGUCCAGAAUGCGGGAAAUGUUUCAUUCAUAAAAGAUACCUUCUUACGCAUCAGAGAAUGCACACAGGCGAGCGGCCUUUUUCAUGUACAGAGUGUGUGAAAAAAUUCUUUCAGAAAGGAGACCUUCUUAAACACCAGAGAACCCACACGGGUGAGCGUCCUUAUUCGUGUUCAGAGUGCGGAAAAAGUUAUACGGAGAAAGCAAAGCUUAAUUUACACCAGAGAAGUCACACGGGUGAGCGCCCUUUUGCAUGUUCAGAGUGCGGGAAGAAUUUUACUGAGAAAAGCGUACUUCUGUCACACAUGAGAACCCACACGGGUGAGCGCCCCUAUACAUGUUCAGAGUGUGGGAAGUGCUUUACUUAUAAGAAAGCACUUGUUCAACACCAGAAAACUCACGAGAAUGUUGUAGCUCCAGCAGCCAAAAACUCUCCAGGGGAAGGAUAGGAA